AUGUCGACUGUCACGAAUGUCCUGCGCGAUCCCCUGGGAGACAUCCCUAUCCCAGUCGGCAUCCAAGAUGGCCUCAACCGAUGGGCGGGGCAUCAAGGCUUUCUGGCCCUUCUAACGUUCUACGUUGCGAUUGCAUUGCCGCUGCUUUACUUCGUCGGGCUGGCAACCUACCGCCUGACCCUAUCCCCCCUUGCAAACAUCCCAGGCAAUAAGCUGGCCGCUUUGACGUACUGGUACGAAAUCUACUAUGAUGUUUGGCUUGGCGGCCAAUACUUCCGCAAGGUCGAGGAGAUGCACCACAAAUAUGGUCCGAUUGUCCGCAUCAGCCCUCACGAAGUCCACUUCAACGACCCGGACUUUAUCGACACGCUUUUCCCCGGCCCCUCAAGGAAGACGAAUAAGCAUUUUUUUACGGGGAGGAGGACGGGAACCCAGAACUCCAUGGUCGCAACCGUGGACCAUGACCUCCACCGCAAGCGCCGCAACACGGUCAACGCCUACUUCUCGAGCGCCAGCAUCCGCCGGCUCGAGCCGGGUAUGAAAGAGGACACGGCGAAGCUGCUCUCCCGGAUGGAGGCCGCGGGUGCCGGGGAGGGGCAGGUCCUGCAGAUGCACCACGUCCUCAAGGCGUACACGGCCGACGUCAUCACGCAGUACGCCUUUGGCGACUCGUUCCACUUUCUCAACGAGGAGGACUACGCCGCCGGCUACAUGGAGGCCACCGACGUCUACCACAUGCUGAAUCACACCUUCUGCCACUUCCCCUGGGUUUCCACUCUGAUGGCGACGGCGCCCCCGUGGGCCCUCAACAAGUGCCUUCCCAUCUUGAAUGAGAUGUGGAGCAAGCAAGCAUUGUGGAUGGAAAAGGUCAAGGAGAUCCGAAACUCGCCGAACCCGGAACGAGUCAAGAGCACCAUAUUCGAAGGCAUCCUAAACAGCAAGCUUCCCGACGAGGAGAAAUCCGACGCCAGACUAGCACACGAGGCCCAGCUCAUCGUCCUCGCCGGCCAAGGCACAACAGCCUACACCCUCAUGGCCGCCCUCUACGAACUCCUCGCCCACCCCACCGAGCUCCAAAAGGUCAAAGCCGAGCUCUCAGCCGCCAUCCCCACGCCCGGCGACGUCCCCUCCUUCAGCCAAGUCGAGACGCUCCCCUACCUCGGCGCCACCGUGCAAGAGGUGCUGCGCCUGCACCCGGGCGUUGUGUCGCGCCUGCCGCGCGUGUCUCCCGAUCUGCCCGUCGUGUACCGCGGCGGCGGCGGGAGGGAGUACGUCAUACCGCCGGGAACGCCGUACAGCAUGACGGUGCCGAUCGCGCACAUGAACGCGGACGUGUUCGAGGAGCCGUACGAGUUCCGGCCGCAGCGGUGGAUCGACAACCCGAGGCUUGAUAGGGCGGUUAUUGGGUUUGCGAGGGGGACAAGGAAUUGUAUCGGCAUGACUUUUGCCCGCCAGCAGAUGUUCAUCGCCCUCGCGGCCAUUCUUCGGAAAUAUGACCUCUACCGUGGCCAGGAAGGGCCGACGCUGGAGUUGUACGACACCAUCCGCGAGAGGGACAUUGACUUGAACCGCGAGUUUAUCAUCCCGUUUCCGGCGAAGGUCGACUUCGUCGGUGACGACCACGACAUCAGCGCAGCCAAGCACACAGGACUGGUCUUCAAGCAUGGCUCUUCCACAGGCCCCACUGUCGGCGUUCGAAACCAGCCCAGAUUGCUCACGCGCGAGUACAGCGUCGAUGGAGCAAGCGUCAUCGUCAAGUCCCUCGAGCGGUCCGUCAUCUCCGGCCACCCAGGCUACCCCUUCGCCAUGCCAGGUGACUCGGGCACGGUGAUCUUCGACACGGAUGGCAGUCCCGCGGGGAUGGUCUGGGGGUACGUGGACAGCCCCUGCGGGGUCGGUAUGCGGUGUACGCUGUACACGCCUAUGGAGUCUAUCUUGGCGAGCAUGGAGGAGGCGCUUGCCGACGAGUAUGGCUGGGGAAAGUUCUCGCUGACCUUGAGUGCUUGAACCUGUCAAGAGGGCGUGUGGGGUUGUAGGAGGCUCUGUCGCUAGCUAGACAUAAUCAACUAGUACUAGCAACGCCCGCGAGAUAAGGGUCACGGGGAAUAGAAGCUUGCUUGACUCACGCGGCGGCAGCAACAGUGACGGAUAGACGGAGUUAUAAUUAGUUGUCGAG